GCGAGAGAUGCCGCGAUGGAAGAGGAGGAGCCCGGCGCGCCGGCGGCGGGUGCUGCUUCGGGAGGAGGAGGAGGAAGUGUCAUGGCGGCGGCGUUGAGUUCCGGACCUAGCGCGAGUUCGGGGUCGCGGGGACCUGGUGGAGGCGGCCAGGGAAGUUCGCGCUGGUUUUUUAGCCGGGAACGGUUGGAGAACACGCCGUCGCGCCACUGCGGCGUCGAGGCCGACAAAGAGCUCUCCUACCGGCAGCAGGCGGCCAAUCUCAUCCAGGAUAUGGGCCAGCGCCUCAACGUAUCUCAACUUACAAUAAACACCGCAAUUGUUUAUAUGCACAGGUUUUAUAUGCACCAUUCAUUCACAAAAUUCAAUAGAAAUAUUAUCUCUCCUACUGCGUUAUUUUUGGCUGCGAAAGUAGAAGAACAACCACGGAAACUUGAACAUGUUAUCAAAGUAGCACAUGCUUGCCUUCAUCCUCUAGAGCCCCAGCUGGACACAAAGAGUGAUGCAUAUCUUCAGCAGGCCCAGGAAUUGGUUAUACUUGAAACAAUAAUGCUUCAAACUUUAGGUUUUGAGAUUACCAUUGAGCAUCCACAUACAGAUGUUGUGAAAUGUACGCAGUUAGUGAGAGCAAGCAAGGAUUUGGCACAGACAUCCUAUUUCAUGGCUACCAACAGUCUGCACCUUACUACAUUUUGUCUUCAGUACAAGCCAACUGUGAUAGCAUGUGUAUGUAUACAUUUGGCUUGCAAGUGGUCUAACUGGGAAAUCCCCGUAUCAACGGAUGGAAAACAUUGGUGGGAAUAUGUAGAUGCUUCUGUAACUUUAGAAUUACUUGAUGAACUAACACAUGAAUUUCUUCAGAUACUGGAGAAAACUCCUAGUAGACUAAAGAGAAUUCGAAAUUGGAGGGCUAAUCAGGCUGCUAGGAAACCUAAAGGAGAUGGCCAAGCAUCUGAAAACUCUCUUCUCAGCUCCUCUUUAGUUCAAAAUUCCAUUUUGGUGGAUGCUGUUGCUGGCGUAUCUGCAAAUGCAAGUUUCCAAAAACCAUCAACGUCCACAUUUCCUGCCCCAGUUCCUUUGAACUCAGGAAAUUUGUCUGUUCAAGAUAGUCAAGAUAAUCUGGCAAUAUUAGCUGCAGGAAUGCCAAGUACCUCAUAUAAUUUGUCAACACACCAAGAUUGGCCUCAGCAUCAAGAACAAACGAGGACAGAGCAAUUGUAUUCUCAGAAACAGGAGACUUCGUUGCCAGGUGCUCAGUUCAACAUCAACUAUCCAUCAAGCUCGUCAUUGCAGUUACAUUCCGGAUUGCAUCAUCGAGCCGACAAACUCUCUGAGUACUCUAUAGCCCACAAAGCAGGAAACAAACAUGGCCAGCUUGUCUCUGGACCUACGAUAAUGCCUCAGAAAAUGUCACUGGAUAAAUACAGAGAAAAACGUAAGCUAGAAACCCUAGAACUGGAUAUAAGAGAACACUACCUGGGAUCCGAGCCCCCCUAUAAAAAACACACCCAAACAUCAAACAGCAGUUCUGUAACUUCCCCUAUUAAAAUGAAAAUUCCUAUUGGGGGUGUAGAGAAACCUGAAAAAUACAUGCCAGACAAAAAAGACAAAAGUGGCUCACUCAAAUUGCGGAUCCCUAUUCCUCCCACGGAAAAAAAUACCACUAAAGAAGAUCUGAAAAUGAAAAUCAAAGUCUCUUCCUCGGAGAGGCAUAGUUCUUCUGAUGAAGGAAGUGGGAAAAGCAAGCACUCGAGUCCUCAUGUUAGCAAGGAAAAGCACAAGGAACAUUCCAUGAACCGUCACCACGGUGGCAGUCACAAGCAUAGUGGCAGCAGUAAACAUGGUAGUGACGGAUUAACUCCAGCUGUUCUGAGGAGUCCUGUUGGUUUGAGCUCCGAUGGCAGUGUCUCUAGUUCCGGCUCUUCAAGAAAGAAGCUCUUCAGCAAUGAUGCUUCUCACAACCAUCAUUCCAAAAUGAGCAAAAGUUCCAAAAGUUCAGGUAGUUCAUCUAGUUCUUCCUCUGUUAAGCAGUAUGUAUCCUCUCUCAACUCUGUUUUUAACCUUCCCUUACCCCCUCCUCCCCAUGUCACAUACCAGGUGGGCUACGGACAUCUCAGCACCCUCGUGAAACUGGACAAGAACCCAGUGGAGAACGGUCCUGAUGCCAGUCACGAGUACAGUACAAACAGUCAGCAUAUGGACUACAAAGACACAUUCGACAUGCUGGAUUCACUGUUAAGUGCCCAAGGAAUGAAUAUGUAAUCAGUUGUUUAGAUUCCUUUUCCCUUUUUUAAAUUUAAGAAUAUUAGACAAAAAUUCAUCAUCGUCUAAGAAGAGCAAAUCCAGCAGCUGUUGUCCACUUUAUAUAGAUAUAGAUAGAUAUGUAACUUAUACAUAUAUAUAUAUGUAUAUAUAUAUAUAAGUGCUGCUUUAUCUUUCACUCUGAAGAGAUUAGUAAAUGAGCCUGUCUCCACAUAUGAUAGUGUUAUAAAUACUCUAAUGAUACAGAAGGUGCAAAAAUCACAGUAUUUCCACAACCACAGUUAAGAACAGUAGAUUAAAUGGCUGCUUUUAGCUGUAUGGAAUGCCUCAUGCAUUAUUUAUAAUUGACUAUGCCAGCCACGAUUUUUGUUGCUUAGUGAAUGAAUGAGUAAUUUUUUUGUGUAUUUAUACUGUAUGUAUGAUUUGCAUGUUUCAAAGAAGGGAUAUGUAAAGUAUACUGACAAUGUUUACAACAAAAAGUGGAGAGAUUGUACAUACAUUUUUGUAUGUUUAGAUAUAUCAUAAAUAACUCAGGAUUGGAGCUGCUUGUAAGUAUAACCAGUGUACCUAACUUUUUCCCUUGUGUCAGCAUCGAUAAGGAAGAAACCUCAGUGGCACUUCAUGUUAAACGUUGGGCCUUAUUUGGGAGCCACUUCCUGAGCGCCAUCCACUGCCUGGGGAAUCAUGUGCUGGUGGGAAGUGGAUGAACAACCAUGGCAGGAUGACCCCAGCCACGCAAUGUGAAAAUGGCAUGGGCCUCAAUUUGUCAUAAACUAAUCGAGGGCUGAAAUGUCAGUAACUUUCAGAAGGGGGAAUGAAAAUAAAAAAGUUUAUAUAAUAAUCUUUUGAUGUGAAAGUGCAUUUAAAUGUUUGGCUUGAUGCAGUAAUAGACACACAGAGCUGUUAAUAAUGGUUAUAUAGAUUAACGUGAUUUAAGAGCUGAAAUACAUAAAAUUUCUAUAGUGACAUUAGUAAGUUUUUUUUUUAAACUUAAGUUAUUAGUGGAUAGGGAUCACUGUUUUCCAUUAGCAUUUCAUACAGAACGCCACAUUUUGAAUUUAAAAAGUGUGCUAUGUGAAUAAAAUGCCAUUUCCUUUACAGGUGGAAUACUAUCUUUGCAAUAAAUAAGUACAAUUGUUGGUAUACCAACUUUUCCCUUAUCUCAGACAAUAAAAUAAUUGUCACGUGUGCUACAUGAAUUGUACUUGUGAUUGUAGUAACGAAAAUUGAGGUUUUUUCAGAUCUGAAUAAUCACUCUCCAAUUAAACCACUAGUAUACAUUUUUAUGGCUGUGUCAUAUUACUGUUUUCAUUCACCUGCCUUUUUAAAAAUCAAAUUACUGUUGUAAAUGUUAAGUUCUUGUUUCAAGCUGAUGUCCCAUUUUUACCAGCUGUGACUCUUAAGUGCAUGGAAAUUACCUCAGCGUAAAUUCAGUACAGUAGCAACUGUUACUUACUGGGUGUAAAAUCUAAAAGAUUUUGUUAAGUUAUCCUCAUAUCUGAGAGGGAUCCACUACUUAGUAAAAUCAGUUCUUGCACAGUUUAUGCUCUAAUUGGUUACAGACAUUUCAGAAAAAAAUCUGAAAUUUUAAGCCCUUUAGCUACAUUAAAAGUGCUUUAGAUAAUUGUUGAGCAUGUAUCCAAUUAGUGGUUACAAAAUAAUGUAACUACUGUUGCAUCAAUUACUAUGUAAUAUUUAGUUGCGGUAAUGCAAAACUUUGUACUGCAUACUUGAAUACAUUUAUUUGAAUUAUGGGUGUCUUUUUAAUACUUUAACAUGGGCACUAUGAAUAAUGUAUCUUCAAAUUUUAAUCUCCUUAGCUCUUCAGUCUCUUUCAUCCAUACUUGUUACUUCUUCACCCUUGUAAUUUUUAUAUUGAGAAUAUUUCUUAAACCCUGUAUUGUGAAAUUUGAUCCUGCGUUGUUGCAUUUUAAGCCUUUUUAGACUUUCUUCACUACCUCAUUUAUGCUAUAAAAUCCUCAAGAGCUUUUGACAUACAGUGUAAGAAAGAUUAAAUGUUUUAAACUGUGAUUCCCAGUAGGAAGAAGACAAACCAGUAAAUGUUUGCUUUAAAUAAAAUUUAUUUACAAAGUCUCAUAGUAUUUGCUUCCCAGCUUGUAGCUUUGCCUUGGAAUGCAUUUUAUUCAUUACAGUUUGAAAAUAUAAUGGACACAUGGCUAUAGAUCUAAAUAAAACAACCCCUGAAUUUUACAUUUAUUGAAAUAAUAGUUGAACUUCAAUUUAGAUACUUGGAACCCAAUCCUUUGUAUUUCUCCACAAGUAACCCAUAGGAUUGGGAUUCAAGCCUGCCCUUUCUCCUCUGUUCUUUAAAUUUACUAUAUAUGGACUGGAUUUUUUUUUCAUUUUCAUUUUCCUACAAAUUGGAUUCUCUUUAAGAUAUCAACCUAAUUGAAGAGCUGCAAAUAAAGAAUCCAAAUUCUAUGAUGUUGAUCAAACUCUUAACAGAUCUGAAGAGUUUUACUUAAUAUGUUAAUAUAUGAGUACUUGCUGUUUCUUGAAUAUAAAGAACUCCUGUUCAUAGAAAAUGAGUCCUACUGGGCAGGAAGGAUUAUUUUACUUCACUUGGAAUGUACUUUUAGGUGGCACUGGAAUUUGUGCUUGAGGGGUUUAUAUAAAUCUUCCCCUUUUUAGGCACAUAAACUCACAGCAGAAGUCUUUUCCAUGUAACUUUUAAUGCAAUUUAUAGAGGUGUAUGGAAUUGUUAUGACUUAAUUCAUCUACUUGCAUUUUCACUUACAAUUAAUAUGAUCUAAAGUUACUCAAUUUUAUAAUCCAUUAUCAUUGUUUAUAAUUAUUAUUAACUCCUUUAGUUAAGAAAUCUACUCUGGGGAAGAACGAAUGUUCCCAAGAAAGAUAAAUACUGUUAAGUGUUAAACAUGUUGCAUAACCUGAUGGCUUAACUCCUGGACAUUUGCUUUGGUAAGAAUGAAAUUCAGUGUCUACUCUUGGCCAUGAAAUUUGGAGAAAAGUCGCAAGGAAGAAGCAUUUGCUCUCUUGCUGCUCUUUUCAGUGGAGGAAUUAUAUUCAUAUUCUUAGAUUCUAAACUUUGAAAUAAUUUGAAAUAAUUCAUUUGUGUAGUCAGUGUGUAUAUCCUGUUUAAAGCAUGUCAGGCUCCCUAGGAGCUCGUGCACUAUUUAAAAUUUUAAAAAAAUGUAUAAAACGUAUUUCUGAAAAACAACACCUGAAACUGCUAACUUUGUAUUCCAUGUGAGUCUAGCUUUUAACUUAAAAUUACUUUUAAUUUAGAAACUUAUAGUAUUUUCCUCUCAUUCCAAAUAUGCCUUUAAAGAAUCUAUAUUCCAUUCAGAGAAUAGGUAGACAGUGUCUGAAAUAGAGAGGGUUUUUUGUAUUUGUGCUGUAGAAGCAACAAAUGGCAAAGAGGAAUUAGAGAUGAAACUUAUGGAAGAGGAGGGAAGUUACAAGGAAAUAGUCUUGGGUAAUAAUACAUCCAGGGAUGGAACAAUGCUUAAUAGCAUAUAGCAGCAUCUGAUUUAAAUAAAGUUCAAGGAAUCUGAAAGAAAUGGGAAGAAAAUUAGACAUUUUGUAACGAAAGACCUUGUCAGUCAUCAGAAGUGAUAGCCCUAUAAAGCCCAACACUGAAAAUAGCACAUUUCUAUCUACUAUUCAUUCAUUUUGACAAGGCUACUGUACUGAGCUUUGAUUAACUCAUACAUGUAUGACUUAGAUUCUUGCAUUUAAAUAUGACUUUUUUUUUAGAUGGCUCAUAUUUAAUCUUGAAUAAAUUAUGGGCAGACUUCAAGUUACAAGCAGAAUUGGGACUGGCAUAUCCAUUGCUAUGUGAGGGAACAAUACUAGCCUAAAAUAUUUUACUUCAGAAGAAACUUAUUUCCUCUCGUCAAUUCCAGAAGCAUGCAAUAACAUUUCUUUAUGCAUUAAAAUGAAUCCGAACAACUGGCUUAUAUGAUUUUGGGAAGCAUUUUAAAUAUUUAACAUACAGAAACUGUAAGACUCCAAAUACAGAGAUCUUUUUAAGAAAUAUAAUUCACUGCCAAUUUCGAGUAUGAAAGAUGGAAGGCAGCCAAUUUCUAGAUGUGGUUAUAUU